AUGUCAGUCACAGCCUCCUCCCUCCACUCUUUCACCAACGACCCCUCCACCCUUAUCCUCUCCCCCGGCGUACAGCCAACCGAUCUCCAACGCCAACACAUUGGCGUCGUCCUCGACCUCUUCCAAGCCAAGGGUACUAAAGCCAAGCUCGACGACAACUUCACCAAAGAUGCUGUUUAUGAGGACUUGUUUGCCUCGUGCAAGACGCGGGAAGAAGUUGGAGGCCAGCUUUUACAUCUGCCUACUGUGUUAUCAUCCACCACCACCCGAUCCUACACCGUCUCCCAAAUCAUCCCCAACACUUCCACCACAGACGGUACCGGCCGUACCCUCUCCACCGACCUUAUCUCCAUCCCCAUCAAACACAUUUUUGAAUUCAAAGUCCCGCUCUUGCCUUCCAAGCUGAAGAGCGUCACUAUGGACAGUACGCUGGAGAUAUAUUCGAGUAAGGAUGCGGAAGGGGGGAAGAUUGUGAGGUUGCAGGAUAGGCCGAAGGAGAAUAUCCCGGAUUUUGCGCUGUUGAACUGGAUGAGGAAGUUCAAUGCAGAGACGGUACCCAAAGUGGUACCACUCCCCAAGAAUGACAAAGAAGACGCCGAGAAGGCACUCAAACAGCAGAUAUAG